AUGGAUAUUGAUAAUGCAAAAAGAAAGAGAUCAUCACGUGAUAGAGAUGAAAUAAAGUCAUCGAGACUCAGUUCAAAUUCAUCGCCACAUUCAAAAGACGGUAGAAAAAGUAAAGAAGUAGAAAGAGAUAGAAGAGAUGAGCGAGAUAGAGGAAGAGACGAUAGAGAUAGAGACUAUAGAAGAAGUGGCGAAAGAGAUAGAGAUAGAGAUAGAGAAAGAGAUAGAGGAAGAGGUGAUGAAAGAAGAGGAGACGACAGAGAUAGAGACAGAGACUAUAGAAGAAGUGGCGAAAGAGAUAGAGAUAGAGAAAGAGACUAUAGAAGAGGUGAUGAAAGAGAUAGAGACUAUAGAAGAGGUGAUGAUAGAGAUAGAUAUGAACGUGAGAGAUACGAACGUGAAAAAGAGUACAGACGUGGUGGUGGUGAUUACAGAGAUGAAGGUAGAAGAGAUUACCGCGAUGACCUUUCAAAAAGAGAUGAUAACAAUAAACAAACAAUUGCAACACCAACUUCACCAACAAGAACAUUAAAUACCUCAACAACACCAACAACAACAGCAACAGCAACAGCAACAACAUCUAUUUCUACAAAUGGUUCUUUUAGUAAUGCACAACAACAACAACAGUCAACAUUAAAUACAACAACAACAACAGCAAAAACAUCAGCAACAACAACUAUUGCUGGUCAACAAGUGGUUAGUUCUCCACCAGCAGCAGUAGUGACAACUCCACCUGUACCGGUGACUCCACCAGUCGAUCCAGAAGUUCUGAAGAAACAAAGAGAAGAAGAGAAACAAAAGGAGCAGGAACGUCUUGAAGAAGAAAUGAGAAAGAGAAGAGAAAAAGUUGAACAAUGGCGUAAGGAGAAGGAAAGAGAACUGCAAGCACAACAAGCUGCCGCUGCCGCUCUUUUAACUUCGACAACAACAGCAACAACAACAACAACAACAACAAAGACAAAAGAAUGGAGUUUAGAGGAGGACGAAGAAGAUGAAACAAAAGAAAAGGAUGUUAAAGAUGUAGAUAUGAAGGAUAUUAGUCAACAACAACUACUACCACCACUACAAAAGAUAUCUCAACAAAAUAAUAACACUACAACAACAACAACAUCUGCUAAUCAAAAGGAAGAGGAGGAGGAAGAGGAAGAUCCUCUUGAUGCUUUUAUGAAUCAACUAAUGAAGAGUAAUAAUAACACAAAUAAAGCUGAUGGAAAUGGUGGAAAUGGUGCUACUACUGCCGCUGCCAAUGGAAAUGGUAAUGGAACGAUUGUGUUGAUGAAAGCAAAGCGAUUGGAGGAUGGCGAUGAAGCAGACUUUGAAGAGGAAUCAGAGGAUGAAAACGAACAGGAAAAAGAAGUGAAGAAAGGAAAACGUGAGUUGUUGAGCACCGAUCAUUCAUCGAUAGACUAUCCAGCGUUCGAAAAGAAUUUCUACAUUGAAGUGCCGACACUCUCCAACAUGACCGACACAGAGGUUCUCGACUACCGCUCGGAACUAGGCAUAAAGAUAACCGGAAAGAACUGUCCGAAACCCGUAUUGACUUGGGCACAAUGUGGAUUACCUGAAAAAAUUCAUCAACUUUUGAAAAAGAAUGAAUAUGAAAAACCUACACCGAUUCAAGCACAAACGAUUCCAGCGAUUAUGUCUGGAAGAAAUAUAAUUGGAAUCGCUCGUACUGGAUCUGGAAAGACGCUGGCUUUUCUGUUGCCGAUGUUCCGACAUGUUUUGUCGCAGGACCGUCCUAAGCAAGGCGAGGGUAUGGUCGGUCUGAUUAUGUCGCCGACGCGUGAGUUGGCACUUCAGAUCUAUUCAGAGUGUAAAAAGUUUUCAAAGGUGUUGGGACUGCGUGUUUGUUGUGUCUAUGGUGGUGCCAACAUCGGUGAGCAAAUCGCCGACUUGAAGCGUGGCGCCGAUAUCGUUGUUUGUACACCCGGUCGUAUGAUUGAUAUUUUGUGCGCCAACAACAAGCGUAUCACCAAUUUGCGGCGUGUUAGUUUCUUGGUGUUGGACGAAGCCGAUCGUAUGUUUGAUCUGGGUUUCGGUCCGCAGAUUAUGUGUAUCAUUGACAAUGUGCGGCCAGACCGCCAGACGGUGAUGUUUUCCGCGACAUUUCCGUUCAAAGUUGAGCAAGUCGCUCGUAAGAUUCUGGUGAAACCACUCGAGAUUAUUGCGGGUGGCCGAUCUAUUGUUUGCUCGGAUGUCGAGCAGGUUGUGGAGGUGCGUCCUAGCGAGACGCGAUACCGUCGUCUCAUCGAGUUGCUGGCGACCUGGUAUCACAAAGGUCAGAUAUUGAUCUUUACCAACAAGCAGGACGCCACUGACAAUUUGUUUGGAUUGUUGAGUCGUGCCGGCUAUCAGUGUCUUUCACUGCACGGAAGCAAAGAUCAGACGGAUCGUGACGAAACCAUAUCGGAUUUCAAAAACAAGAUAAAGACAAUCUUGAUUGCGACGCCACUCGCUUCCAGAGGUUUGGAUGUCAAGGAUUUGAAUUUGGUUAUCAACUACGAUUGUCCCGAUCAUCUUGAGGACUAUGUUCAUCGUGUCGGCAGAACUGGACGUGCCGGAAACAAAGGUACUGCCUACACGUUUGUGUUGCCGGACGAGGGUCGUUUCGCGCCGAGUAUCAUCAAGGCACUCGAGCAAUCGGGCGCCAAAGUUCCUGAGGAAUUGACAAAGCUUGGAGCAGAAUAUCAGCGUUUGCGACAAGAAGGAAAAGAAGUGAUGGUCGCAUCCAGUGGUUUCGGUGGACGUGGACACAAGUUUGACGCUGCCGAAGAGGACAAGAAGAAAGAAGAGAGAAAACUUCAAAAGAAAGCAUAUGGAAUUGAAGAUGACGAAGAGGAAGAUGAAUCUGCUGUUUCUGCAUCGGCCGAUCUAGAUACAAAGUCACCGACAGCAACCACUUCACCAACCAAUAGCAGUGUAGCCGGUGACUCGAGUAACACGGUAGGCGCCAACAAUCCGUCGUCGGCAACCUCCAAUGUGCCACCACCUGCUGCAAUGGCCGCUGCUGCCGCCAUGCUCCAAUCGAUCGAUCCAAGCUUGCCAGCCGGUCAGCAAGCAAUCAAACAGAUUCUUGGCACUGGCGUGCAAAUCACUUCGGAGGCGGCCAUCAAGGCUGCUCAGCUGGCGGCUUCGCUCGCCGCCAAACCGGCACCGUCCUCCAAGGUGGUGUCGAAUGCACACUCCACUACAUUCCAAGAGGAGAUUGAAAUCAACGAUUACUCACAGCAGGCACGUUGGAAGGUCACCCACAAAGAUGCACUGGCGCAGAUCAUCGAGCAUACCGCCACCGCUGUCACCACCAAAGGUACCUACUUCCCACCAAACAAACAACCGGCAGCCAAUGAAAAGAAACUCUACUUGCUCAUUGAAGGUCCAUCCGAAGCCGGUGUACGAACCGCAAAACUUGAAAUCAAAAAGAUUCUCGAUGAAGUACAAGCUCAUUCUGAUAAAGGAAAGUAUUCUGUUUUCUAA